CUCAUUUGGUCUUUAACCCCUCUCUCUACCUCUCUCUCUGAUACACAGAGAAGAAGAAUUCAAUUCUGUUCUCUUUGUAGAUCGACUUCAUUCUCCGGCCAGUCGUAUUUUCUUGGCAGUUUUCUCGGGAAAAAAGGAAAAAGAGAAAACAAAGUAAGCCAUGAAAACUGUAAAUUCCAUAGGGAAUGUGUCAGCUUUAUGUACAAUGUGAAGGGACUGAAACGACAGUUUUGAAAAACCCCACCUAUACUUCGUUUUGGGAGGUAAUAGAGCUUCUCUACCUAUAUCGUUUUAACAAUGCAGAACGGAAUCUUUAUGCUUCGAGGCUUUCUAUUUCUCUCUCUCUGUCUUUAAUAUACAAUCAUUUUUUUUCCUUUUUUUUUUAAAAUAUCUUUUGAGCUGUGUAUAAAACCCAUAAGCUUUGGUCAAAAGUUGAAACCAUUUUUUGUUGUCCAUUUUGAUGAGGUGAUUUUGUAUGGGUUUCUGUUUUUUGAGCUGAUUAGAAGAUACGGAUAGGAGGGUUUUGGUGGGUUUUAUAAAGGUGUGUAUUUCAUUUUGAGUGAAUACUGGUGGAUUUACUAUUGUAAAUUUUGGUGUUGAGGGUUAAAAGCCAAGAUCUCUGUUGGUGUAGCUUCAAGAUUAUGGUUGAUGAAUGCAGUUUUCUAGAACAAGAUAAACCAUAUAAGAUUUUGAUACUUAAGCCUUUCGCGUUGAUUUGAUGUUCAGCAAUUGGCAGAAAAAUGGGGGUCUUAUUGAAUUCCCUAGGUGGGUUUAUGGUGGUUUGUUUAAUUUUGGGGCAGAUUUGAACAAAGUGGGAAGUUGCUAAAGUUUGCAAAAUUAGAUUAUUUUUGAGGGAAAGAAGCUGAAGAUCUCUUGAAAAUCGGUGUUGGGUAUAGGUGUUGUAACAAUGUCAGGAGCUACAAGAGUGAAGUCAAUGAAUGUGGCUGAUUCUGAGACCAGGCCUGUGUUAGGACCUACUGGGAACAACAAGGCAGGUUCAUUAAGUGCACGGAAACCUGCUUCCAAACAAUUGAGAAAGGUUGAAACAUCGCCUGAGGAAGUUACAUUAGGUGAAGAGAAGAAGGCACUUAGUGUGUCUACUGGCAGUGCUCUAUCCGGCAAAUCACAUUCUGUUAGCGCUUCUUCUGUGCUUCGUCGCCAUGAGCAGUUGUUGCAUUCGAAUUUAUCACUGAACGCUUCUUGUUCAUCUGAUGCCUCCACGGAUUCAUUCCAUAGCCGAGCAUCUACAGGUAGAUUAAUACGGACCACUAGUUUGGGAAGUAGGAGGAAGCCAUAUGCUUCAAAGCCAAGAAGUGUUGUCUCUGAUGGGAGUUUAGAAUCUCCACCACCUUCUGACGGUUCACAGCCCAAGAAGAGCUGUGCUUGGGUAACACCAAAUACCGAUCCUUGUUAUGUUGCUUUCCAUGAUGAAGAAUGGGGAGUUCCAGUACAUGAUGACAAGAAAUUGUUUGAGCUUCUUGCUCUUUCGGGUGCUUUGGCUGAACUUACUUGGCCUGCCAUUCUAAGCAAAAGACACAUAUUUAGGGAAGUUUUUGUAGAUUUUGAUCCAAUUUCUGUCUCAAAAUUUAAUGAGAAAAAGAUGAUGGCAUCAGGAAGCACUGCAAUCUCCUUAUUAUCAGAAGUUAAAUUGCGUGCAAUCAUUGAGAAUGCGCGUCAAAUAUCCAAGGUCAUAGAUGAGUUUGGGUCAUUUGACAAGUAUAUUUGGAGCUUUGUGAACUACAAGCCUAUAGUUAGUAGAUUCCGGUAUCCCCGCCAGAUUCCUGUCAAAACUCCAAAAGCAGAUGUAAUAAGCAAAGAUCUAGUUAGAAGAGGAUUUCGCGCCGUAGGGCCGACGGUUGUCUACUCAUUCAUGCAGGUAGCGGGGUUAACAAACGAUCAUCUCAGGAGUUGCUUCAGAUUUCAGGAGUGUAUAAAUGCAGCAGAAGGGAAAGAAGAAAAUGGGGUUGGCAAGGUUGAAGGUAUGAUAACUGAUGUUGUCAUGGAGUCCAAAUUAUCUAUAGCUAUGGAUGAAUUGAGUUUCUCGUCAGAAUGAUGGUGGCACGGAUAGCAGCAGAUUCAGUCAUCAGUUUAUCCUAGUAACUAAUUCACGGCAAUGAAGGUGUUCUUGUGUAUAAAAUUUCAUGAAUUCUUACGUGUCAUGAAUUCCUAGAUUUUGUAGAUUACUAAAAGUGAAUUAAUCAACUGA